AUGAUGAAAAGCAAGCGUCGAAACUAUACUAUCAAAGAAGCAGACGAUCGAGAACAGCUGUGCGUAGAAGCUUCUUCCUGGUACCUUCCUGACAACGAGAGGUCGAGCUUGUUUAUCUGCUUACUCUUUGGUGUAUCAAUCGCUGUAGAUGACUUCGUUUACGAACGUGUGAGCUACAUGAAGAACUUGGAAGAUCUAAGUGGCCUCAUUGACGAACUGUAUCUGGACGAACUUCAACAGGGAAACACGGAUCUGGGAGAGUUGGAGAUUUACGCGGCUUCAAAACUCCAUAGCUGGAAUGUUGUGGUGACUGCAUGCACUUAG